AGAGCCUCUAUCAGCUCCUCUCGUUCCCAUCCCAUCCUAAUCUGCACCAUUGUUACUCUACAUAUUCUCCUAGCAUCUCAAAGUCAUGUUCGACAUCGUCAGCUAAAGUCCGGAGCUACCAUGGCUACAAUAUGUCCUGAUCUAUCCGCCCAUCGAAAGGGCAAUAGGGAGGCGGAUGCGCGGCUCUCGUCGGCAGGUGCCGCGGUUUCCUUGAGGCAAGCUCCUGCUCACACACUUCCGUCUUUCCCUGUUGUCGGACUUGGAAACAAAGAGUCAUCCGCCGGAGCGGCGGCAUCUCUAGCCCAUGCGAACAAGCGAUCCGUCGAAUUAUGGAAGCCCAAUCCAGAUGCAAGUACGGCAGGGUCAAGGGCUGCUAUACUCGCUCAUCGUGAUCAUGCCGGCACUCUCAGAAAAGGGAAAACUCCUGUGAAGUCGGAAGCGGCAAAGGAGGCAGUCACACCUAGGGAUCAUGGAGCACUUCUUGCAGCUACCAAAGCCGUGAAGAUGAAGAGACAGCGAGCCGACUCAAUGUCUGUGCGACCGGUUUCAUCUUCAACAUACCCCCGGAAAGAUUCGGGACCCGGCUCUGGCGUGCCUGGAUUGACAUCUGCGGAAGAAGAUAUAGAGAGAUCGCCUGCCCUUCGAGCAUCGCGGAUCCACAACAUCGGAACCAACUUGCCGCGGGAAAUGUACACCGAGCACCCCCCAGUUGGGAUCGAAGUUGAGGAACAGCGUCACCAGACGGCUUUGAGGGCGUCUGCGAUCAGCAUGGCCAAGCAGAUGUACAAUGCCCGUGAAAAAGCCUCCGAACAAGCUUCACUGGAUGUCUUGAAAGCUACUGCCGCAGAAGAUGAGAAGAAGAAAGGUAGCGAUUCUGGCAAGGCUCGGGUGCAGCAGUAUUUGAAUUUGCACGACGCGGCAAGAAAGCUUGCAAAUGAGCGGCUCAAGCGGAUCGAUGACGAGGGAGAGUUUCGUGCAUAUAGGACCUAUUAUAGCUGCGAUGAUCCUUCACUGCAACAGAGGCGCAGCACCAGGGUCGGUAUGGCAAGGCGGAGGGCGGCGAGUGAUAGUUCUUCGACUUCACGAUCAGUCAGCGGGGCUCGCGACGAUAUGGAGCAGAGCAAGGCCAUUCGAGCGCAGAUGUCGCAAUUCAGCAAUCUGUUGGCGGCCGUGGAUGACAAAAAGCGGCGGCAAGAUAUGGAAAGGGUGCUGGUUGCAGCUCAAAAGAACGUCCACGCCCAAAUGCUCCACAUGGACGAGAAAGUCUACCAGGACACGGGAAGGAUCCCAUAUGCAACCCAGGUGGAAUGGGAUCGCGAAGCGCAAGCAUUGGCUGCUGAGAGGGGUGAGAAGCGUAUGGAGCAUUUCGGCAAGGUGGAAGUCGGCUUUGGGAGGUUCGUGGAAAGGGACGCAGUCGACAGGGUUGCCAGAGAUCGGGUUAAGCCGACAAUCGAGGAUAUCGAUGACCAAGUUGAGGUACAGAAAGCUCAAGAGGAAGGACGGAGGCUUGACAGGGAGUAUGAAAAGCGUCAUGCGCGGUUGGAGAAGGAGAGAGAGGCGGAGUUGAAGGCGGACCUGAAGCGGGCUAAGAAGAAGUCGGCAAUUGGGGGGAUCGGUGAUCAAGCAGAGGAACAGGAAACUCCAGAGGAAGUACGGAGGCUUGAUAUGGAGUAUGAAAGGCAUCAUGCACAGUUGGAGAAAGAGAGAGACGCGGAAUUGAAAGCGGAGCUGAAGCGGCUGAAGAGAAAGAGGAGAGACGCCUGUCUAAAGACGCGAGGCGGUCAUCAACCGAGGCUGCGGGCACUUCUGGUCCAAACACUGGCGAGCAGGAGAGAAUUUCAUCCUUACGGCAGAGUUCGGUGCCAUAUGGGGUAGUGGAAGGUUCGGCAGAAGCACCCACAUCCCCAUCUCCGGAAGUACAGCACACCGGCUUCCGCUCGUUCCUCUCGAAGUUGAAAAGUCGAUCCAAAGAUCCUGCCGAAGACGAGGCGCUUGAAGGGGGUAGAGGAAAGCAACGUGCUAGUCGUCCAGGCUUCGUCGGUGGUGCUCGCCUGAAGUCCAGGAACAGUGCAGAGUCCGGUCAAAACCAACGGACCAAAAAGACUGGACAACGGCGUGGUUCUUCGUCCUCCACGGAUCUUUAUGAUGAUGGUACGAACCACAGAACAUCCUCCGG